ACCUCGUCCACUUGAGCAGCGUUGGGUUUCCUUGAGGACCUUCGUGAAGUUUGGAACAGCCAAGGGUCUCAACUCUGCACAAGAAACAUACAACCAUGUCGGACGCGGUAAUUAGUUUCAUGAAGGACUUUUUGGCUGGUGGUAUUGCCGCUGCCAUCUCCAAAACAGCUGUCGCUCCCAUUGAGAGAGUCAAAUUGUUGCUGCAGGUCCAGCAUGCCAGCAAACAGAUCACCGUAGAGACACAGUACAAGGGAAUCAUAGACUGUGUGGUAAGGAUCCCAAAGGAACAGGGCUUUAUUUCCUUCUGGAGAGGCAACUUGGCCAACGUGAUCCGUUACUUCCCCACCCAAGCCCUCAACUUCGCCUUCAAAGACAAGUACAAGAAGAUCUUCCUCGGUGGUGUGGAUCAAAAAACACAAUUCUGGCGUUACUUCGCUGGUAAUCUAGCGUCUGGCGGUGCCGCAGGUGCGACUUCGCUCUGCUUCGUCUAUCCUCUCGACUUCGCCAGAACAAGACUCGCUGCCGACAUCGGCAAGGGCGCAACUGAGAGAGAGUUCACCGGUCUUGGAAACUGCCUCUCCAAGAUCUUCAAAACCGAUGGCAUCAGGGGUCUUUACCUCGGAUUCAACGUGUCAGUGCAGGGUAUUAUCAUCUACAGAGCGGCCUACUUCGGAUGCUUCGACACAGCUAAAGGUAUGCUGCCAGAUCCCAAGAACACCCACAUCGUCGUAAGCUGGAUGAUCGCGCAGACUGUCACCGCUGCAGCUGGUAUUGUCUCAUACCCCUUCGACACCGUGAGACGUCGUAUGAUGAUGCAGUCUGGACGCAAAGGAGCUGACAUCAUGUACACGGGCACAAUCGACUGCUGGAAGAAGAUCCUGAAGGACGAAGGAGGAAAAGCCUUCUUCAAGGGUGCCUGGUCCAACGUGAUCAGAGGCAUGGGUGGUGCCUUUGUGUUGGUGCUGUACGACGAGAUCAAGAAGUUCACAUAAUAAACUUUCUAAUCUCCCAGUCCCCAGGGAAACCCUUCACUUUGUUUAACUCUUAAUUCUUGUUCUGGGAAAGGUAUACUUGACCUGGGUUAACACGCCUCCUCAGAAAUCUGUAUAUAGGCCUAUCCCAAAAAGGCACAAACAGUCUUUCAUUGUGACAAAGUCAAGCCGGUGGUUCAGAUGGAGAUGUUGUGAUGAUGCAAAGGAUGACGUCAUAUGCUCCUCAUGUUAGAGUCAGUUUGUAAAGCAGUUGCUGAGGCCCAUGUGUUGUUAUGUUGUGACCACUCCCAUGUGGCACACCUCACACAUACAUUUAUAAAAGAAUAAAAAUGUAUUAGUCCAGUC